CCUUCGGGGAUUCUUAUUGGCGUUACUGACUGGAUUGGUUGUUAUUGGUUCUUUAGACAUAACGAAGCUUCGAUGACUAUCCAAUCCAACCCACGAGUCUAUUUAGAUGUUGCUGUGGAACAAGAUAAACCGAAAACGAUGGUAUUCCAACUUUUUGCUGAUCUCGUUCCGAAAACUGUAGAAAACUUUCGUGCACUUUGUACCGGGGAAAAGGGCUAUGACGCAAAUGGUGUUCGGUUAUGUUAUAAAAAUACGAAAAUACUGAAAAUUAUUCCGGGAUUUGCUAUACAUUGUGGUGACAUUGAGAACAACGAUGGCACUGGGGGCGUGUCUAUUUAUGGAGCCCAGUUUGAAGAUGAGAAGUUUGCUUUGAAACACGUGAGGGCUGGACUAUUAUCUAUGGUUAGCAGUGGACCGAAUAGCAACCAGUCACAAUUCUACAUUUUGUUGAAUCCAGCACCUCAGUUGGAUGGGAAACAAGUAGUAUUUGGUUGUAUAGAGGAAGGUCUACAAGUCCUGCGUUGGUUGGAGAAACUUGAGAUUGCAGAUCAAGAUAGACCUUUGAGACCAGUCACUAUUGUAAGCUGCGGUGAACUUGGUAAAUCUAAGCGAAGUGAACCGCUUCCCAAUAGUAAACAAAGUAUGGAACAACAAAAGACUACACAAGGAGAAAAAGGGGAAAGCAGGGAAAGACGAAGAAGAAGAAAGCGUUCAAGCAGUUCACCAUCCGAUUCAGCCAGUGACAAUGGAAAGUUAGAUUCCUAUUCAGAAGAGAGUGAAAGACAUCGCAAGCGUACAAGUAGACGAGGAGCCAGUCGAGAUAAGAAUAGAAAAAGUCGUCACGAACGAGGAAACUCCAGUCCUUCCGUGUCUCCUCCAGGCAGUCAUCGAAAUGGUUCCAGGCGUUCUUCUCCUCCUUAUGCAAGACAUAAAGAGACUCGGCCUUCACCUAAAAACCUAAUGUACAAAGAAGAGGAAGAGGCAGCUUUCGUUAUGUCUCCGAAGCUGAAAUGGAAUCAGGAAUGGAUGCUUUGCCACGCUUUGCAGCAAGUAAUAAUAUCAGCAAUAUCCAUUGAUUCCUAUUCGAUACCACUUAGAAUCCACUGGGUGACUUGUUUCACAAAAUGCAAUUGAUACCAAUUAGCCACAUGAUGAAUAAGUUUGGUUUCUUGGAUGAUUGCAGUUGCUGGGAUAGUUGUUUCAUAAACCUGAGCAAUAUCACGUAUGUAUCGUAGUCUGCCGCGUUUCAAAUAAUGGGUACCGGCAAUCUUCCAAUCUUGUAUUUGGUAAAGUAACAGCAAGUUUUCAACUCGUUUGACUAGUUUGCGUUCUAUUUCAAAUAAAGGAAUUAGGGAACCACAAUGAAUACAUUGUAUUUGAU